GGGACUUUUAAAAAGGGGCGUAGACUCGUACAGAGAGUCAUACAAAAAAUCCCUCAAUUUUGCUGCGACGGCGAAAACCAUCCAACAUUAGAACAAGAAGAAGAAGAAGAAGAAGAAAGGAAAGAUGUCGUCUGGAAUCACCCAGCAGCAGCAGCAGGAGGACAAGAAACCCCCCACCGAUCAGCCCGGCGUUCAUAUCAACCUCAAAGUCAAGGGCCAGGAUGGAAACGAAGUGUUUUUCAGGAUUAAGCGAAGCACUCCACUAAGGAAGCUCAUGAAUGCAUACUGCGACAGGCAAUCUGUGGAUUCCAACUCUAUUGCAUUCUUGUUUGAUGGUCGCCGCCUAAGAGGCGAGCAGACUCCUGAUGAGUUGGAGAUGGAGGAUGGGGAUGAAAUAGAUGCUAUGCUUCACCAAACUGGAGGUGCUACCAUUUAGCUUGUCUUGAAUAGAAAUUCAGAAUUUUAUCCUACAAUGUUUCUUCUGACAUUAGUUAACAAGGAUUUAUAUGAUUUGUUCUUUAUGAUACUACUAGUAGGAAGGAAUGCUUAUUGGCUUGUGUAAGUAAUGCUAGUUGGUUGCCCUAUAUUUCUAUAUUUUAGAUAUUGAUAUUGAAUUACCAAAUUUUAAAAAUUUACCAUUAUUAUUACUAUUA